AUGUCUUCAGACUAUGAUUUCAUUAGUAAACUAUUAUUAAUCCAGAAAUCAUUAUAUCAAUUUGGUGGUCCAAUUUUAGUUGUCCUGGGCUCUGUAAGUUGUACACUCAGUUUGAUUGUAUUUACCAAAAAGAAUCUUCGCAAAAGUCCAUGUUCAAUCUAUUUUGCAGCAAUGAGUAUUUCCAAUCUGGUAUUAAUCUAUAUAUCAGUCUUGAUAACAAUAUUACAAUAUGGUUAUAAUAUUGUUCCUGCCACUUACAAUUUACCAUUUUGUCGGUUCACCGUUUAUGCAACAUUUGUGUUGGAUACAUUAAGUCCAUUUUAUUUGAUUUUGGCUUCAAUCGAUCGAGUAUUGAUUACUUCAUCGAAUGCUCGAACACGUCAACGCAGUACUUUUCGGCUUGCCUUGACCUGUGUCAUUAUGGGAACUUUAUUUUGGAUAAUAGUUCAUAUACAUGCAUUAGUUUUCGGCGGUAUUAUAGAAGAAGCACCAAAUUAUUUUAUUUGUUAUUUUCAAUUAGGUGCAUAUUUCAUGUUCACCGGUUACUACACAUUUAUAACUCAAGGAAUUCUUGUUCCCUUUUUACUAAUCAUGUUUGGUCUCUGGUCUAUCAAGAAUAUCCGAACCAUGAGUCAAAGAAGAAUUGCUCCUGUUGUAUCAACAACUGGAAUAGCAGCGGGAAACGAUUCACAUCCUAUUCAAGCAAAAGAUCGUCAACUUGUCUUGAUUCUUCUUAUUGAUAUUUGUGUUUAUAUGAUUUUCGGAUGGAUGUUCCCAAUUUUUCUCAUAUACCAACAAACAACUCAAUACAAUGUGAAAAGCCCUGUUCAAAGUCAAAUUGAAAUUCUGAUUUCAACUGCCAGUAUCUUCAUUUAUUUCAUUCCUACUUGUAUUGGAUGUUACACCAAUAUACUUGUAUCAAAAACCUUUCGAAAUGAAGUGAAAAAUACACUUUUAUGCAAAUAA